UUCAGGCAACAGGACUCCUGUGGAAGAUGGAACUCUUUGUCCGUUUUCCAGAAUGUGUUUUGAAGCCCAUCAGUGAAACAUGAUGCUGCUGCUCUGUAUUGAAAUGCCUGAAGAACCCCCACAUGUCUGCUGCAGCCUUCCAUCCUACUGAAACCAUGGUCUUCUCCGCAGUGCUGACUGCAUCCCAUACUGGGGCAACCAACUCGACGUUCGUAGUCUGUGAAAACGCGUACAUGAAUAUUACGGCCCCUCCACCAUUCCAGCAUCCUGGCAUUGGUCCACUGCUUAGAUCCGGUUUUGAAACCAUGGCUCCCACUGGGAUGAGUUCCUUGACAGUGAAUAGCACAGCUGUGCCCCUAACACCAGCAGUUUUUAAGAGCCUAAACUUGCCUCUCCAGAUCAUCCUUUCUGCUAUAAUGAUAUUUAUUUUGUUUGUGUCUUUUCUUGGGAACUUGGUUGUUUGCCUCAUGGUUUACCAAAAAGCUGCCAUGCGAUCUGCAAUUAACAUCCUCCUGGCCAGCCUGGCGUUUGCAGACAUGUUGCUUACAGUGCUCAACAUGCCCUUUGCCUUGGUAACCAUUCUUACUACCAGAUGGAUUUUUGGGAAAUUCUUCUGUAGGGUAUCUGCUAUGUUUUUCUGGUUGUUCGUGAUAGAGGGAGUAGCCAUCCUGCUCAUCAUUAGCAUUGAUAGGUUCCUUAUUAUAGUCCAGAGGCAGGAUAAGCUAAAUCCAUAUAGGGCUAAGGUUCUAAUUGCAGUUUCUUGGGCGACUUCCUUUUGUAUUGCUUUUCCUUUGGCUGUGGGAAACCCUGACCUGCAGAUACCUUCCCGAGCCCCUCAGUGCGUGUUUGGGUACACAACCAAUCCAGGUUACCAGGCUUACGUGAUUUUGAUUUCUCUCAUUUCUUUCUUCAUACCCUUCCUGGUGAUACUGUAUUCAUUUAUGGGCAUACUCAACACGCUUCGGCACAAUGCCUUGAGGAUCCAUAGCUACCCUGAGGGUAUAUGCCUCAGCCAGGCCAGCAAACUGGGUCUCAUGAGUCUACAGAGACCCUUCCAGAUGAGCGUUGACAUGGGCUUUAAAACACGUGCCUUCACCACCAUUUUGAUUCUCUUUGCCGUCUUCAUCGUCUGCUGGGCCCCCUUCACCACUUACAGCCUUGUGGCAACAUUCAGUGAGCACUUUUACUAUAAGCACAACUUUUUUGAGAUUAGCACCUGGCUGCUCUGGCUCUGCUACCUCAAGUCUGCCUUGAACCCACUGAUUUACUACUGGAGGAUUAAGAAAUUCCAUGACGCCUGCCUGGACAUGAUGCCUAAGUCCUUCAAGUUUUUGCCACGGCUCCCUGGUCACACAAGGCGCCGGAUCCGCCCCAGUGCUGUCUACGUGUGUGGGGAACAUCGGACGGUGGUGUGACUAUGGAACUGCCUGACAUUUUGGGUGAUGGUUGUUCUUUAUCUGACUGUGAAUUUUCUUUCACGUGGCUUCUCCACUUACACUUCACUGUUUUUUAUAGGGUUUGUGUGUAGGUGUGUAUGUGCAGUGUAAAGAAAGAGUGGUGAUUAGUUAUAGUUCUGUUACCAAGGAUACACAAUAGGGAAGUGAUCACAAAUAUUACCUCCAGGGUUCAAGAGAAAUCCUUGAUUUAGGAUGGGGAGAUGGUUUUUUGUUUCUUUGACUGAUUUUGUUUUGAGGUAGGAAUCAGGAUUGUGCUUUAUUGAGCCUGCAGUUACGUUGAAUUGUAGGUGUUUUGUAUGCUGCUAAGGGACGCUUAGUUAAGUUUGUCAAUUCUUUUUUUCUGGAUGACACUGCUGCUUUUUUCCAUCACAUUGGAGCCAAAAACCACCUACGUAUCAGUUGAUAAAUAUUUACUUUUAUUUAAAAAAAUAACCUAAGGGGGUUAGUGACAUUUUAAAGGUCAUUAAUAUUUACUUUGGUGCACUUUAAGAAACAAUGUACAAACGGAUUUGUCAUAUUUUUCAGAAUUGUUUUUAUACACGACAUGUUGUGCUUUUGGAAACCUUACAUUAUCAUUUCUAGGAAGACAGUUUUUAAGAAAUGUUCUAUCUGCAUAUACAGUUUUAAAGGAGAGAACAUAAAAAUGUAGAAAUUUUUCUAAGCACAAUAGUGAUUCUUUAGAGCAAUAGGGCAAAGUCGAGGAGACAGGUUACGCUUGCAGAUUUAAAUGGGUUGUAGUGAGGGGGUGGCUGUGUGGGCUGCAGUGAUUCCUUUGACUCAAGGAUUUCUCACUGAGUCC